AUGUACAACAACCCUAUUAUCCCCGGCUUCAACCCGGACCCCUCGAUAAUUCGCGUCGGCAACGACUUCUUCCUCGUUACGUCGACCUUCGAAUACACUCCCGGCGCACCUAUAUACCACAGCACAGACCUAAUCAAAUGGAACCUGAUCGGCCACGCCCUGACGCGCCCUAGUCAAUUACAGAUCCAGACCCCGGAGCCCGGCGGUGGAAUCUGGGCAACGACAAUCCGCUACCAUGAGGGCGUGUAUUAUAUCCUCGCCGCAAGCUUUACACGGUAUCGCCCGCAGGACGACGAUAGGGUCUGGCCGCGGGGAUUCUAUGUCAGCACGACGGAUAUCUGGGAUGAGAGCUCGUGGUCAGACCCCGUGUGGUUCGACCAGGUCGGGUUCGAUCAAGAUCUCUUUUGGGACGACGACGGCACAGUCUAUCUCUCAAGCACAUACCGCAAAUCUCCCCGAACGCCCGGUACCCCAAUCAAAGAUUUCGCAAUCCACAUCUCAACCGUCGACCUAGCCACGGGCGCAGCGACCUCAGUCCCCAAAAUGAUCCGCGCCUCCCCAUCCGGCGUCUCGGAAGGCUCGCACAUCUUCAAACGCGGGAAGUACUACUACCUCUUCACCGCAGAGGGAGGCACCGAGAGCGGACACUGCGAGUGGGUGUGUCGGUCUGAAGUCUCCCCUUUUGGACCGUGGGAGGUUGGCCCAGCCAAUCCGCUCUGGAGGAACGGGGUUGUCGACGAGAUCCAGAAUACGGGACAUGCGGAUCUAGUGGAAGAUGCAGAGGGGCGCUGGUGGGCAGUUUUUCUUGGUGUCAGGCCUGUGAAGAGGGGAAAUGGGUGGGAGGAGAGUGUCUUCGGAAGAGAAUCCUUCCUCGUCCCCAUGGAAUGGACCGCAGAAGGCUGGCCCGUCAUCAACUCUGGCGAGAAAAUCACCCUACAAAACAGCACCCCCUCUCUCCUUUACCAAUACAACCCACCAGUGGCCUGGAAGGACACCUUCACCACCCCCAAACUACAAAUAGGCUGGUACCGCAAAAACACCCCGCUGAAAAAGGACUACACCUACCUCCCCGAAAACGGCAUCCUCCGUCUGCACGGAAGCCCCUACACACUUUCGACACCGGCGUGCCCGACCAUGUUCCUUCGGAAGCAGACGCAUAGGUUCUGCGUCUGGGAAACGAGACUGGCGUUUGAACCGAAUUCAACGAAUACCGAGGCCGGUACGGUUGUCUAUCUGAACUAUUUCACGUACGCCAGUAUCGGGGUGCGGUUGGCUUCUGAGACCGCCGAAGGGGGCAAUAAGGGCAAGAGGAUAAUCCGUUUCACGCCCAGUAACCUCGGCCCCACGCACGAGGCCAUCGAUACCCCGCUAUCCAGCUCUACGAGUGACGUGAUACUGCGCGUUGAAUGUGGGGAUGAGUACCGGUUCGGGUUCCGCGAGGUCGAGGCUGGCACCAGUAACAGCGGAGACGAUGGGGGCGAGGUACAGUGGAUUCAGGAAGUGGGUAACAAGAGCCUCGUCGAGGCACCGCUGCCCGUUGGCGCGCCGUUUACGGGGAUGAUGCUGGGAUUGUAUUCGUUUGGGGACCGCGAGGCGGUGCUUGUUCCGGCGGAUUUCAGGUAUGCUGAGUUUAAGGACAGGCAGUAG